GCUUUUCACUGGCUAAGCGCCAUGUGGGAGCUUGGGCGUUUGCUGCUUAGUGCCAUUCCGGUGGGUUUGCUGCACGUUUGGGUCACCAAAGAUGACAUCGCCAGCAGACUUGAGUUGCUCCAGAGGACAUGGUUCGGGGCGACCCCAUCGGAGAACAUCUCGGAGCGUUCCGAACGCCAGAGGAAGAUGCGAGAGGAAGAGGAGUUGCUGCGCCUCCGUGCAGAGAUGCUGAAGAAGGUGAAUCGCUGGGUGAUGCACUUGAGCGCCGUCGUGGCCACUGUCUUACUAUGGCAGUGGAGCCAGACUCCAAGCGUCAUGGGUGCUCUUGAACUGGCCGCCGGGCUGAUGGGCUAUCUCGUAACCUUGGCCUUCUUCCAGGGCUAUGUCAAGAUCACGACGGCUUGGCAGUGGCGUCGCUUCGAGAUCGGAGGCUUGUGCAUCCACUUUUUGUUCCACUUCGCCGCCUCCUUUGGCCAAGAUACCAACAUGGAGACUCUCUGGGUGAUGUUUACCGUCCUCAUCGCCAUCAACUUUGUGGACGCUCCACUGAUGGUGCCGCUCUACAUCUUGGACGCGACACUGCAUUUCUGGCUUCACCCACCAUGUUCAACUCCCAUGGCCAUGUACAACACAGUGGCCUCGCACAUCGUGGUGGUGGCCAGCAUCCUCUGUGUGGACCAUAUCAUCCGGUCCAAUCUCCGUACGAAGCUGGAGGUCGGAGACGUCUCCUCGCAGAUGCAAGGCUUUCGUCAAGUGCUGCAAGGAGUUUGCGAUGGUGCACUGGUCUUGGACCGAGAGGAUUGUACCAUCAUCGACGAUGCCAGUCAUUUAGAGCGGCUUUUGAAGUCCAAUCGCAAGCUGAGUGAUAGCAACUUCCUGGAUCUUUUCUUGGACGAAGAAAGCCGGGAGCGCUUCCGGCAGUUCCUCCAAGCCGACAGCCCCCUCGCGCCGGCACCGCUCGCGGCACCGACGGCGCCGCCCACGGCCGGCAAGUCGAUGACGUCGACGUCGACGAGCUCGGCGUCCUCCACCUGCUCGCUGUCCACGUCGAUGUCGACCGGGGUGCCAAACCGGAUGCCCAGGGGGCUGAGGGUGACGCUGCAGGGGAAGAAUGGGCCGGUGUCCUUGGAUCUAUUCCAGACCAUGUUGCCUGAUUAUGGUGCUGCCAGGAAGGACUGCUGCUUGCUGGCGAUGAAGGAGGACCCAGACUCCGAAGGCCGGGCCAACGCAGUGCCGGACGCGCUGCCGGGCUCAGUGCCCUCGGUGCGGUUGCAGGAGACAGGUCCCGCCUCCAGGAGCCGGAGCAGCGUGAGUGAGGUGGUGGAGGCCUACGAUGAGCUUGAUGAGAUCACCUUGCUGGUGAGCAAUGCCACCGGCUUGUUGGACAUCGAGGAGGCUCAUCUGAGGUUUUGUCGUCAAUCCAUGGCCGCCACCAUUGAGUCGGGGAUGCCCACCCUGCGCCGCUUUAUCCGCCCCACGGAUUGGGACCGCAUCGAAGGCAUGCUGAACUUCGUGCUGCGGCUCCCACCCGAACACGAACGCGAGGCCUGCUACUUCCGGAAGCCUAUGCUGUUCCGCUUACCUGGUGAAUCCCGGAGCUACCUCUGUGCCAAGAGCGCGUCGAUCUCCGUGGCGGAUCCCACCAUUGAAGUGGGACAGCCGGUACGCUUUUGGAUGCAUUUGACCUCCUUUACGGCCAAUCAUUUGCAGAAGCCGAAGGAAGAGGGUCGGGCAGCGGCGCAGCUGCUAGCCACCUCCACAUCCACAAACUCAACGGGCUGCAUGGGUCAGUCUUUGCUCACUGUGAGCCGUGGAACUCGGGAAGAGGCCCAACUGGUGACUCCACUGCAUGGGGGUUUCACUGAUGGGACAUGCGUGGACAUGCGCGCAGAGCCUGUGCAGGCGAAGGAGCGGCCGAAGCCCAGGAAUGACUACUUGGACUGCUACACGGGGCCCAAAGUGAAGUGGGAGGACUGGUGCCUCGACGAGUGGAGCGAUCUGACCCGUUGUUGUUCGCCGAUUUGUGCGUCGACGGACACGGGCCUCUACAAGGCCUUGGUGAAGAGUCAAGACAUCGAGGACGUUGCGCCGGUGAAGCACUCGCCGAAGCGUUUGGAUCUUGAAGUUGUUGGUGAAAAGGAAGAGCUGACGAAGAUCCGGAACCUCAUCCGGAAGCGAACUGAUCCGGGUUACGACCCGAACGAUGAGGAGGACUUUAAGGUGGCGCCCGUCCGGAAGUUCGAUUCCAAGGCUGACUACUACAAGCUCUUAGAAGUUGAUGACUUCGCCUCGGUGAAGGACAUCAAAGGUGCAUACAAGAAGUUGGCCCUGCAAUAUCAUCCGGACAAGAACAGAGACAAGAAGCCUGACAAGCUCAGAGAGAUGCAGGAUGAGUUCGAAAAGAUCCAGGAGGCCUAUGAGAUCCUGUCAGACCGCGCCACGCGGCGGCAGUACGACCGCGCGCGCUUCGACGAGGCGAGAGCCAAGUCUCAGGGCAUGAACAGUUCCUUCUACUCGCAGAAGACCAACACCGAUGGCAACUUCUGGGGCCGUUGGAGCGUACCCGAAGACACUGCUGAUGCCAUCUACAAAAUGUUGUGGACCAAGAAAGCUGAGGAUUUGAAAGCUUUGUGCCUUCAUUUAGGCAUCCUUGAGGACCAUGAAGGGCACUUGAAGUUCAUGGCCCCACAGUAUCGUGCGUGCCUGGGCAACUUUUGCGCGGUUCUUUGCAAAGAAAACGCAGGAACCCAUUGUACAUGCUGGUACUUCCGCCGCCGCGGGCAUUGCCCUCACCAAUGCUUCGUGGAGCUGAAGGAAGGAGUGGCCAAGUUCAAAAUCAACCUUCCGGUCCCGAAGCACCAUGAAGCUUUUGAGCUGAGACGCAAGCAGAGGAAGCGGGGCAGCUCUGCAUCUCCUUCGCCAGCCCCAAAGCGGCAACCUCUUGGCGACGAGGCGGAAGUACACUGCCACCGCUUCAACCAGAAUGCACUGCAGCAGAGCAGCUGCGCGUUCGUUGCUUUGACCGUUGUCCGUGAGUUCUUGGAGUCUAGCGAUUGGUCCACCAAGUCGCUAGAGUCGGACGACCUUGUCGUGGAAGCUUUGCCAGAGGGUGCGGCGAGCGUGGUGCUUGGGUGCAAACUUAACACGCUUCCUGCCCAGUGUUUGGGUUUCACUCGCACGUGGCGAACUGACCUGUCCGCCGCAACUCUAUCCCACAGUCCGGAUGACUUGCUUCGGUUGAUGUGCGCAGAGGGCUUGUACGACCCAAAGAGCAGUGCUUUGGUCUUCCAGUUCGAGUCUUGGGCCCUUCACACCAGCAGCAGCCUGUGUCCAUGCGCUGCGCAUGUUGCGGCAGCAAAGCACCGUGAUGAGUCGCAGGAAAAGCUGGAGGACAUUGCCGAAUGGUUUGAAGAAGCCCGUGAGUUCUUCGAGGUGGAGGAUCAAGCUGCGCACUUGAUGGAGUUGGACAGGAGGAAGGCAGUGGACAUCAGGGAGGAAGCAAAAGAAGCUGAUCGACGGCUGCGAAAGGCAAAGGCAGCAGUUUGGCUAGCAGCCAAGGCGAAGGCCACGAAGCUCCCGAAAGCCGCGGACCUGCGGUUGGAGGUGAAGAUCUCUUUGGAGAAGGCCUUGAGAGGCGGCCUGAAGAUCCGAGAGGUGAAGCGGGAUCGGAUGCAGCGAGCCUUUGGCGGUACCAGCCAAACUCUGAAGACAGUGAACAUCAAGAUCGACCCUGGUCAGGCGGACGGUAGCGAGUACCGCUUGCCGGGAGACGGACAUUGGCCCAGCUUCAAUGUCUCUCCGGGCGAUUUGGUGGUCGUCUUUCGACACAAGGCCUGGACCGUCACCGUCUCCGUCCGCGCUGGCCGAGUCCACCCCUUCCUCCGGCAAGUGGCCGCGACCGCCGGGAGCGCCGCCAGCGGCGCGCUGCAGCUGGCCUCGCCGCUGCAGGUGCGCGCGAAGGCCACGCAGGCGGCGGUGGCGGUGUGGUCGCCCACAUUUAAGGGCUCAAUGGUCUUGAUCCGCUUCAAGAAUCCCUUGCUGGAUCUGGCGCCGAGUAAAUCCUGCAACGUGACCUUCGUGUUGGAAGGUGAGGGCCUUCCACUGCCGGACACGCCCAUGAAGCGUGGGCCUUUGGCCAUCACCGUGCAUGUACAGUUGGAUGGCCCAGCCCUAGUGCCGAGCAUCAACAGCAGCUGCUGUAAAGAUGUGCUGUUGCGACGACAUGUCAAGAAGUACAAUCACCAGGGCACCCUGCGGGUAACACUGUCCAACCCCUUGGCGAGUGGCUUACCCGUGCGAAAGUACAUGGCCUUGGACGCCCGCGAGCGAGCCGGAUUGAAGGUGCGAUUGCCCUGCGUGGCGGUGGUAUGGACCUCGCCAGUGGGGACGGAUCCCGUCAGCUUCAACAAAGCGGCUGCGGCGCUGGGCUUCCACGCGCAAGGGGAUCCGCAGGCCUACGCCUGGUGUUGCCACCCGCGGCUCUUUCCGCAGCCCUUGCCCUGCAGCUCCCAUGUGUCCCUCGACGACGCCGAGCUGCACAGCGACGACGAGGUCAUCGACCUCCCCGAGGGAAAGCCGGAGCCGCCGGCCGCGUCGAAGCCGGUGCCGAAGGCGCUCACGGAGGAGCAAGAGUUCCUCCUCCGUUUCGAGCUUGGCCCCCCGGGUGGCUUUGACACCAACGCGCAGUCCGACGACGUGCGAGCCGGGGAGGCCUCGCCACAUGCCGGACCGGCGGGGCAACACACGGCGGAGGAGUUGACUCGAUUGAUCCGGGAGAAGCAAGGCGACCUGGAGCAGGUGAAACGCCACUGGACGGAGCGGAAGGAACGGCUCUCGGGCGAACGCCAAGAGGAGGAGGGGCAGUUGCGGGAGCUUCUGGAGAAGGACAAGAAGAGAGAACUGGACCGAGUGGAGCGGGAGAUGAACGGGCUCCGAUCCAAUUUCGAGUUCCAACUACAAGCGGAGAAGAAGUGGGUGGAUGAGUUCAUGCAGACGCACAAUUACCAAAACCAGUGGGUUUGCGUCUUCAAGCCGGCCAUGGUGGUUCGGACCAAGCCCACGGAAGAUGGGCCCAUCAGCCGGCGCUUGGUCUUCGACGAAGUGGUGAAAGCCAAGUCCUGGAAGGCACGGCGCACGGAGGGACCGACCGGAUGGGAGGCUCCACCGGCCCUGACUUGGCACAAGACUCAUGGCCAGCUGCUACAGAGAUGGUUCAAUGCGGAACAGCAGCGCUUCAACGAUCUCCAGGCGAAGAUCGAAGAGCGCCGCAAGGUGCGGAACGAGACCUUCGUGGCGUACCGGCGGAAGAAGAAGGAAGUGGAGGAGUGGAGCAUCCCUCCUGGACCGUCGGAAGAGGAGAAAUGUGAGAUUGAGGAUGAGGAGUGUGAACAGCUUCAUUUCCUGAUGGAGCCCAUCCUGAAGGAGUUGAAGCUCCACAAGAGGCGUCUUCGUGAGCUCAGACAGAAGCGCGCCGAAGCCUUACUGGAGAGGCAGCGGAAGCUGGACGGCGGCCUCUCGAAUGCGCCACUGCCCGUAGGCUUCGAAGCCUCCGUGGAAGCGGCUGAGGCGAAGGGGAGGAGGAGUUGCUGGCAGGUGGAGGGGCCAUGA